ACUCUCUCAUCUCCCCCACUCCAUUCCAUUCAGAUAGAUUCUUUUCUGUCUCCUUCCCACAGCCACAAUGUUCGCCGCUCGUCAGGGUUUCAACCUCUUCCAGAAGCGCAGCUUCUCUGCCUCUGCCCGCCAGGCUUCCAAGGUUACCGUCCUCGGUGCCGGCGGUGGCAUUGGCCAGCCUCUCUCUCUCCUGCUCAAGCUCAACCCCCGUGUCUCUGAGCUCGCUCUCUACGACAUCCGUGGUGGCCCUGGUGUCGCCGCUGAUCUCGGCCACAUCAACACCAACAGCGUCGUCUCCGGAUUCGACCCUACUGCCUCCGGUCUCCGUGAUGCUCUCAAGGGCUCUGAGAUCGUCCUCAUCCCCGCCGGUGUUCCUCGCAAGCCCGGCAUGACCCGUGACGACCUUUUCAACACUAACGCCUCCAUCGUCCGUGACCUUGCCAAGGCCGCCGCUGAGGCUUCCCCCGAGGCCAACGUCCUCGUCAUCUCCAACCCCGUCAACUCCACCGUCCCCAUCGUCUCUGAGGUCUACAAGGCCCGCGGUGUCUACAACCCCAAGCGCCUGUUCGGUGUCACCACCCUUGACGUCGUCCGUGCCUCCCGCUUCAUCUCCCAGGUCCAGAAGACCGACCCCGCCAACGAGGCCGUCCCCGUCGUCGGUGGCCACUCUGGCGUGACCAUCGUUCCCCUCCUUUCCCAGUCCGGCCACCCCAACAUUGAGGGUGAGGCCCGUGACGCUCUUGUCAACCGCAUCCAGUUCGGUGGUGACGAGGUUGUCAAGGCCAAGGACGGUGCCGGUUCCGCCACCCUCUCCAUGGCCAUGGCCGGUGCCCGCUUCGCCGAGUCCCUCCUCCGCGCCGCCCAGGGCGAGAAGGGUGUCAUCGAGCCUACCUUCGUCGACUCUCCCCUCUACAAGGACCAGGGUGUCGACUUCUUCGCCUCCAAGGUCGAGCUCGGCCCCAACGGUGCUGAGAAGAUCCUCCCCGUCGGCCAGGUCAACGCCUACGAGGAGAAGCUCCUCGAGGCUGCCCUUGCUGACCUCAAGAAGAACAUCAAGAAGGGUGUUGACUUCGUUGCCGCCAACCCUUAAAUUACUCUUCUCUAAUCACCGAGAAAGUACAGGGUAAAUAAAAAUGGUUAGAUAGAUCGAUUCGUCUGCAGCCGCCUCUCCUCCUUGUAUAACAGUCCCUUGUGUAUCUUGUUUAGCUUAUCAUAUUUGAACCCUAAAUUCCCCUUUAUUCCCCCUACCCGCAUCGACUUUUAUAAUUGGAGGAUUGUGCUGCUGCAGUAUGUGGACCGCAUUUUCUUUUUUCGUUGGCAUUGAGUCUGGGAUGUUUUUUUCCGGAACUUUUUCUAUAUGGCUCAAUCUAAUGGAAUAGAAUGUUGAUGGGGGGAAAGGGAACAUGAUCGUGACGUAUGUUUCCAUAACUUAAAUGAAAG